AUGUGGGUCUAUCUAAACAAGAAAGUGAGCAUCCCGAAUGGCCUCAAGCUCAAUCACAUUUCAUGGGACCGUUAUCAUGGAUGGAUCGCUUGUGGUGGUGAAGGUGGAUUGCUUAAAGUGUUGAAACUUGAAACCAAGGCUGAUGUUAAUCAGAGAGGAGUCACAGCUCCAACAUCUCUCGAUGCCAAUCAAUCAUUAACAGGGCAUAUGGGAAAGGAAAGUAAGGAUCACCAACCUAGUACAGUCAUGAGAGUGAGCUGGAACGAGGAAAAUGAAAAACUAACUUCAAGUGACGCCAACGGAUUGAUUAUUGUUUGGUAUUACAACAAGCAAAAGAAAGAAUGGGAUGAGGAAAUGUUAAAUAACCGAGAUAACGCCAUUGUCAAAGAUUUGAAAUGGUCAAGUGACGGACAGAAGAUUUGUAUUGUGUAUGAUGAUGGAGCUGUUAUUGUUGGAGGUGUUGACGGAAACAGAAAUUGGGGAAAAGCACUCAAAGUUCAAUUGACACAUGUGGAAUGGUCUCCAGAUGCAAGAUACUUACUUUUCGGAACAUCUAACGGAGAAGUUUGGCUAUUCGAUUCAAAUUCUGGAAUUAAAUUGCAUUCCAUCAAUAUUACUUGUGUUGAAAAUUCUCAAGGUGUUGUAAAUUCUCUGGCUGGUGUGGACUGGUAUGAUGGAAGAGAAGGAUAUCCUGAUUUGAAUGCACCAACAUUGGCAAUUUGCUAUAGAAACGGAAGAUGUCAGCUGAUGAGAGGAGAUUUAGAUGAUGAUCCUGUUUUGAUUGAUACAGGCAUGACCAUUAAUGAACCCAAGUGGAAUCCUUCAGGAACUGUGUUGGCUCUUGCUGGUCAACAAGAAGUGGAGGGAAAGACUGUUGCUGUUGUUCAAUUUUAUAAUCCAUAUGGACAACACUUAAAGACACUGAAAGUAUCAGGAAGUGGAGUGAAAAGUGUGACUUGGGAGGGUACAGGAUUACGGCUUGCUCUUGCAGUAGACGCAAACCUUUUCUUUGCCAACGUGAGACCAAGUUACAGAUGGGGCUAUUUCUCUAAAACAAUUGUUUAUGCUUUUACCAAGAUUGAAAGACCUGAACAGUGCGUAGUUUUCUAUAAUUACAAGACACGUCAAAAGUAUGUCAAAUACAUCAAAAAGUUGUUGGCCCUAGAUGCAUGUGGCGAGCAUUGUGUGUUGCUGACGAAAACAGAGGCACCUAAGGAGGCAUUUGUAAUUAUUAUUUGUAACUCGAUAGGUAGUCCUGUUGAAACAAAGUUCCAGUCUGUUGAGCCAAAGCAUGUUGCCAUGACCAAGUAUCAUGUUGUUGUUUGCUCGGACUGUAAUGUUUAUAUUUGGAAUUAUAGACCAAAGCAAGCAAAUCAAGGAAAUAUCUUAAAUUUAAAGGCAGAAUCUGAACAAUACUUGUUACACAUUGACCAGAACAAAUUUAAAAAGGUUGAAGAUGAAACGAAAUUAGAAUCAACAACAACUGAAGAUGCUAUCUGCUCUAUAUUUGCAAACGAGAAAUAUCUGAUAGUCUCAAGAGAGUCAGGAACUGUAAAUGUAUACACUUUGCUACCAACACUUUCAUUUGUUGGAUCAUUCUCUAUACUCUGUAGACCUUUGAAAAUUGCUGUAAAUUGUGAUUGUACCAAAUUGUCUGUUAUUGAUAUUAACAGUACAUUCCAAGUUUACAAUGUAUCAUCACCUCCAACUUCAGUCUCAUCAUUGAAUCAAACAGAUAAGAAAAAGAAGAAGGGAAAUAUUACUGCAGAGAAAUCAGAAUUGGAAAAGAAAGACGUUUGGGAUAUGAGAUGGUCAGAUGACAAUCCCUCAUUAUUUGCAAUUAUGGAAAAGACCAAGAUGUACACAUUCAGAGAUUUAACUCCUGAAGAACCUGUAGUAACUUCUGCAUAUAUUUGUGCAUUCAAUAAUUUGAAAAUUAAGGCUGUUUUCAUGGAUGAUAUUAUGGCAAACCCUGACAUGCCAGAGAGUGACAGUGUUAUUACUUAUGAAACACGUUCAUUGAGAGACACUAAAGAAAUCAUUAGAAGUGUUAGUCUUCGAGAUGCUAACGAAUUUGUCAAGGAUAAUCCUCAUCCAAGACUGUGGAGACUUUUGGCUGAAGCAGCCAUGUCCGAUCUCGAGUUAGACAUGGCCUAUAAGGCUUACAUUCAAUGUGGAGAUUACCAUGGUGUUUAUUUCGUUAAACAAAUCAAACAAUUAGACAAUGAAGCCAAACAAAAGGCAGAGAUUGAAGCAUAUUUUCAUAGAUUGGACGAGGCUGAGAAAAUUUAUCGUUCCAUUGACCGAAAAGAUUUGGCUAUUGAUCUCAGAAAACGGUAUGGCGACUGGAAAAAGGUACUCGCUUUGGUGAGAGAAAUGAAUGGUAGUGAUGAGCUCAUGGUUGAAGUUUUUAAUCAUUUAGGAGAUUUUUAUUCAGACAGACAACAAUGGGAUAGAUCGAUUCAGUUCUAUGUCAAAGCAAGAAACUUUGAAAAAUUAAUUGAAGCUUAUUAUAGAGUUGAGGAUUUUGAAUCUCUUGAAAGAAUGAUUGAAGAGCUGCCAGAAAACAAUCCUUUGCUUCCUGUAAUUGGUGAUAAGUUGGCAUCUAUAGGGUUAUCAUUACAAGCCAUUCAAGCUUUGGUGAAAGGUGGAAAAUUCAAACAAGCUAUCGACGUAUGUGUAGAGUUGAACCAAUGGGACGAAGCAGUUACACUGGCAGAAAAGCAUAAUAUGAGCGAAAUUGAGGACAUUCUCUACAAGUAUGCCAAUCACUUGGUUUCUCGAGGAGAUUUAUCUUCAGCCAUCGAGCUCUAUCAAAAGGCCAAUAGAAACACAGAAUCUGCCAAGAUUUUGGUCAAGCUAGCUGAAGAAGAAGGAAAGACCAAAUUAUCGCCACUUCGAGCAAAAAAGUUUUAUGUCUUGUCUGCUCUUGAAAUUGAAAGGUAUAGAAAUAGAUUGUUAAACGAUCAAACUAUGAGAAUGAAUCCUAAUAAGGCCCUCCAAACCAUGCUUUCUCAUGACGGUACCAAUUUUGAAAACCCAUGGAGAGGUGCAGAAGCGUAUCACUUUUUCUUGCUUGCACAAAAGCAGCUGACAGAAUUCAAAUUAGCUGAUUGUCUUAAUACUGCAAUGAGACUUGUGACCUGCUAUGAGGAAUAUUUUGCUCCUAAGGAGUUAUAUUCGUUACUCGCUCUUGCUGGAUUUUACGCCAAAGAGUUUAAAGUUUGCUCUAAAGCAUUUAUCAAGUUGGAAUCUAUGGUAGGAUUAACAGAGGAAGAAAAGGAAAAGUAUGAACAACUCGCCAUCGAUAUUUUCAGAGAUAGUCCUGUAAAUACGAUUGAUCUAGAAACGAAGCCAUGUCCAACUUGUGGAGCCGAUACCUAUGAUUAUGAAGGUUCAUGCAACUCUUGUAACGCUCAAUUUUACGCUUGUGUAGUUACUGGACGAAAUAUUGGAGAUCAAGAUUUUUGGACAUGCCCAAUCUGUAAACAUCGGGCAGUCGAAAGCGAAAUUUACAAGUAUCAUCAUUGUCCGCUUUGCCAUUCAAGUCUCAUGUCAUCGUCACCUUCAGGUGAUUUAUUUUAA